AGACCGCGUCACGACGCUUUCCGUAUUGUUUUUAUAAGUUUUUUCCAAUUUGUAAUAGUUUUCACGGUUAUUUUAUAGUGAAAUCAGUGUUUUAUUGGGUGUGUUAUACUAAUAAUGCAGAUAUGUCAAAGGAUCAAGUAUCGAGGUGGUCCGAUGGCGGUCGCGAAGCGAACGCCACACGGGGCGGCGACUGGCAUCUCAUUUUCUACAUGCAUCAUUCACCUGCCCCGUAUUCAUAAAACUCAUUCGAAACAAGAGCUCGCGGCGCAUGAGUUUCCGAAGAUCACAGCGAGCUUUCAUCGACAGUCGCACACAAAAAGAAAGUACGCACACGAAGAUGCACCCGGGUUUCAUAUUUAUCACUUCACAGCUGCACACCUAUGAUCGAUCCUUAUCCAAGAUGGCCGCCGGCGCGCCGCGCGAACAGGCGGGAUACAAGCGCAUGCGCACCUCCUCCGCCAUACCGCGGACCCGUCAAUCUUUUUCACUGCACGCAAUUGAUUAACGCAUUCUACUUAUUAAUUAUAUUAUCAACACGCUAAGUUCAAACAAGCGUGCUCACUCGUACACGAUUUUUGCUGCACUAAAAUUCAAAAAACUUAGGCGUACCUAUUCAAAACUUGAAAGCCAUAAAACAUAUCUCCCCCAUUAUUAGUUUAUGGCUUGCGAGUUGCGACUGUUACGGGCUAUUAUGUUGUUAUUUUUGUGUGUAUUCAGUGUUUGUUUUGAUUGUGUGCGGUGGACGGACGAGCCAAUUUGGGGAACCAUUACAAACGCUUCUAUUGAGUACGUAGAGCAUUCUUUAUGAACUACUUGUCAAGGUCGUUUCAUUUGUCUAGCCAUGCUUAAGUAUUUGUUAAAGAAGUUUUUGUUUUUUCGAGUAUUAACAACAAAGUUGUAUAU